GCAGAAGUAGAAGUGACUUUCACUUCUGGAUUUUUCUCAUGUUGAAGAGCUGCUGCUGACAGAAAAGAGUCUCUUAAUGAACGACUGGACUUUCACACUCACUCAACUUCAUAGGCACCGGUUGUAUAUCUCUAAGGGGAACCAUGGCACUGUCCAAUCAGACUCCUAUAGUUAUUAAAGAGUCCAGUUUGUCGGGCUGGGAGGUGAUCGGCUCGGGGGGUUUUGGAAAAAUCUAUAAAUGCCGGCAUCAGGAGUGGGCCUGCGAUGUGGCCAUUAAACUGCUUCACUUUGACGACGGGAAAAAUGAAAGUUUGCUCCGUGAGAUCGAAAUGAUGCGUCAGGCAAGCAGUCCGCACGUUAUUCAGGUCCGAGGGGUCUUUAAAGGAUUACCCCCCAACUCAAGGUCAACUCAGCUGGGUCUGGUGAUGGAGUACAUGGAGAGAGGAUCCCUGGCCUCCCUGCAG